UGGCUGUUGGCCGGAGGGCAGAGGGAGCUGCUGGCGUAGCCGUGGGGCUGCAGGGAUGUGUUGUCCCUGCGCUCUGCACUGAUACGGAGAUGUGGCCUGAAGACGGACCUGAUUGUAUUUUAGGUUCUGUGUACUGCAGCAGUAGUAAAUUGUAGCUUAUUGUAGAUGAGAAGGAGUCUGUAAAAGAAAUUCACUCGUGUAAAAAUGUUGGUGGCUGCUGUGCUCUCGUGGCCUGGGGAUGUGGGAUCAGGAGGCAAAAGGUGUGGGUGCAAACCUUCUGUGCUCCUGCUUGGUGUCAUGGGCUUCCCUGAGGCUGGAGCUGCUGUUCUGGAGAGGGACACCUGAACGUCCUGGGGUGCACACGGGCCUCCCAUCCCUGCAUUCCUAUUCCCUGAGCUGCCAGGGUGGCACAACCCACGGUGCUGCUGUCAGAGGCACGAGCUCAGCCUGCACCUCCUGGUGAUUCAGGCUCCUUCCUGUCCCUGCUCUGAGUCCAACCCAGACUUGUGAGCUGCGCUGCUGAGAGCUGCUCGGGCUGAGCUGCGGAGGGGCUGGCUGUGUUUGGGAAUCAGGUGGGUUCCAAUGCCAUCAGAUCUGCGCUGGGAAUGCUCGUGUGGCCGCUGGCUCACGCAGACACCUUGGAGGGCAUCUGUGGGGUGGUUACAGUGGGGUUGGACACAGUAUCUGUAUGCUGGCUGCCAGCUGAGCACGGCACAACAGCAGUGGGUGGGAACGCGAUGGAGCAGGAGCCCCGGGUCCUCUGUGUGGCUGCAGCCCCAGGUGCGAGGUGCUUCUCUUCCUUCCCCUCAGUCCUGACUGCUUCUUCCCUUCGCACAGGCAUGAAUGACCAGGCUCAUCCCCAGCACUGAGCAGCCGCAGCCGGGUCGCCAUGCCGAUCCCACCCCCGCCGCCGCCGCCCCCCGGCCCCCCGCCGCCCCCCACCUUCAGUCAGGCGAACACAGAACCACCAAAAUUGAGCCGAGAGGAGCAGCGCGGCCGUGGAGCCCUCCUGCAGGACAUCUGUAAAGGGACCAAGCUAAAGAAGGUGACACAAAUCAAUGACCGGAGCGCCCCCAUCCUAGAGAAGCCCAAGGGCAGCGGUGGCAGCAGCUACGGCUCCAGCUCAGCUGCGAUCCAGCCCAAAGGCGGCCUCUUCCAAGGCGGUGUGCCCAAGCUCAGACCUGUGGGAGCAAAGGACGGCUCAGACGGAUCCGGGAAGCAAACCCUGCAAGUCCCCGGCUCCAGAGCCGCUGCCCCCAGGCCCCCGGUGCCGGCCAGCAACAGCCGACCUCAGGAUGAUUCUGACAACAGCCGAGCCUCUCCGCCGGAGCUGCCGCGCACGCAGCGGCCGUCCCUUCCGGACCUCUCCCGGCCCGGCGCCGCCGGUGGCACCGGCAUGAAGCACAGCUCGUCUGCGCCGCCGCCUCCCCCCCCGGGCCGCCGUGCCGCCGCGCCGCCCGCCCCCCCGCCUGCACACGGCCCCAAGGUCUCCUCCUACAACCGGGAGAAGCCCCUGCCGCCCACCCCGGGACAGCGAGCGCCUGCUGGCAGGGACGGACCCCCCGCCCCCCCACCCGUCAAGCCCCCGCCCUCCCCAGUCAGUCUCCGAACGGGGUCGGGGGCUCAGAGCCAGUCCCUCGCCCCCCCUCCACCCCCUUACCGGCAGCCCCCCGGCGUCCCCAACGGCCCUUCCAGCCCCAUCACCGAAGCUGCCCCGGAGCUGCCGCAGAGGCACAACUCCCUGCACAGGAAGACGCCGGGCCCCUUGCGGGGUCUCGCGCCGCCGCCGCCCGCCUCGGCCUCCCCGUCCCUCCAGAGCAGCCGCCCCCCGCCGCCAGCCCGGGACCCCCCCAGCCGUGGUGCAGCCCCGCCACCCCCGCCGCCCAUGCUGCGAAAUGGGGGGCGUGAUGCCCCCCCACCCCCACCCCCCUACAGACUGCAUGGUUCUCUGAGCCCCCCCAGCCGCGGGAAGCCACCCCCACCGCCCACCCGGACGCCUGCCGGGCCGCCCCCACCCCCACCGCCGGUGAGGAACGGGCACCGGGACUCCAUCGCCACUGUCAGAGCGUUCCUGGAUGACUUUGAAUCCAAAUAUUCGUUUCACCCCGUCGAAGACUUUCCAGCCCCAGAAGAAUAUAAAUACUUCCAGAGAAUCUACCCCAGCAAAACCAACAGAGCCACGCGUGGGGCCCCUCCUCUGCCCCCCAUCCCCAGGUGAAAGCGAGCUGUGCCGGCGGUCGGUCCUGAGCACAGCCGCAGAGCUGCUCCCCCUUCUUCAGACGGACCCUCGCCACCUCCCUGCCCCCAGGAACCUGCAUGAGAAACUCCCGGCGCCUUCGGCUCUCCCAGGACGAGCGGACGCCCCCGGCCCACGCUCACCACAAACCCACGCGGCUCUUUGCCCCGCGGCCCCACGUCGGAACCCGCGCUCCAGGCAGCGGGCGGGGCCGGGGGCGGGCAGU